GCGGGGCUGUGAUUGGCUGAGAGGCAGCGCCGCGUGAUGAGGCGUCAGCGGUCCCGUAACAGGAAGAAGACGGAGGUGAAGAAGAGGAGGAAGAGGAGGACGAAGAAGUGCGACCAUGGCUCUGGGAGACUGUUGGAAACAUCUGUCCUGGUUCUAUUACCAGUAUCUGCUGGUGACCGCGCUCUACAUGCUGGAGCCCUGGGAGCGGACGGUGUUCAACUCCCUGCUCGUCUCUGUGGCCGGCAUGGCUGUCUACACCGGCUACGUCUUCAUGCCUCAGCACAUCAUGGCGAUCCUGCACUACUUCGAGGUCGUCCAGUGACACGAUGACUCCGUCCGUCCACCCGCUGGUCCCCGUCUGUCUCUGGCUUCCUGUCUGUCCAUCUGUCUGCCUGCGUGACUGCCUGUCUGUCUCUCCUGGGUGUGAGGAGGGGAUUGUCUCUCCUCCUUUCCACAGCUAAUUUAAUAUCAUAGGUCAACUCUGUGAACGUCGUGCUGGCGGCCAUAUUGGACGGCGUUAAACUCCGGGACUGCUUCUCCUUCACUCGUCUGAGAUGUUCUGAUGUGAACAGUGUUGGGUUCGGAGUCAAGGCCGCGGAGGACUGAGCUAAGUUUUGUCUUUUUAAUCCCGGAAUCAAGCGCACCUUGCAGUUAAAAUGUCAUCACACUGAGCUCUGUUUGGGUGGAGUGACUGGACUAUUAUAUUUUUAUUCCCUCAAGACAUCAGAGUGUCGUCGGGUUAAGAUUUUAAUUCCGGAGCAGGAAACCGAAGCAGCUGAUUGAGAAAAUCAUUUUUCUUUUUGAUUGAGCCAAAGCUGAAGAUCGUGGCAGCAGCAGAUCUCUGAAUGGAUCCUGAUUGUUGAGUCACAUUGAACCAACAUCUCCAGCAUGUUUCAAUCUCCUGUUUUCAUCACAGACGCUGUAACGAUCAGCUGAAAUCCACAGUUUGAGUUUUGCACAAACACUGAACGCUAACAUCUGCAGCGUCGCUGACUUCCUGUAGCAACAAAGUCAGUUGGUGGAUGAUUCCACAGUUUUCUUCAGCACAAACGUGACCAACGUCUGAAUCAGUGAGUUUCUUUAAUUUCUUUAUGUGAUUGGAAAAUGUUUCGAAGACCGUCACCUGUAGUCGACGUGGCCUUAAACACAAACUUAAAAAACCUUCGAUACAUAAAGUUCGGUCUAAUGUUCAUUUAACGAUACUUGUGAAACAUUUAAAGAUGAUUCUUUAAAGAGAAUUAUUUGGCACCAUGUAUGUAUUGUAAUGUCUGUGUUGUUAUUCUUUCUCAGCGUGUGUAGUUUUAUUAAUACUUUUUGUUAAUAAACCUACAAACUGGAACCGAUCUCUGAUCCGACUCAAGAUCAACGUCAAAUAUUUUCUCGUCUUUGCUUUUUCUCUGGAGUUGUUUUACUUUCAGGCUUCGGUUUACGCAGCUCACACGUUUCAGAUCCGCUAAAUCAGAGAAGUUCGGAAACGACACGUCGAUAAAACGUUCGUGCUUCUUGGUUUUAACACGUGCGCUGGCAGCUGUUCGGUUCGGUCGAAGUCUGAUUCGUGUAAAAGUGCAAACAGAUGUUUUGGUCUCGUUGCUUUGUCAUUUUGAAAAACAGUUUGUCACUAAAGCGCAAUGAAUCCUGGGACAGGUUGGUCUCGAGAAGGAUCCACCCGUUGGAGUCUUGGUUGCUCGGGGGGGAAAGGUCACUCUUGUCGGAGACUCUGAAACGGGACGGGCUAGUUGUGCUGCUGUGACGCAAUCUGUCUUCAAAUGCAGCCUCUGACGGAUGUGACCUCUGAACUGAGUCUGAGCAGAGAGCUGCUGUUUUCUUUCUGUCGGAAGCAUCUGAUCACUUUGUAACAUGCUCCAAGUCCGUCAUGUAUUUAUUGCGAGUAAAUGUAAUUAACAGCUUUAUUAUUUUCCACUUUCCAUAAAUGAAACCAAAGUAUCCUGGAUACGAUUGUGAUCACACUGAUGUUGAUUAAAAAGUUAAAUGCAGAAACCAAACUCCAGAAACAUUUCUUUAACGUGUACUUGUUUUGUUUUUAGAAAAACUGUCCUUUAAAUUCCCUCAUUUAAUCAUAAACCACUCAACAGUUAACAUCGUUUUCUUAACAGCUCCAAUAAGAAACUAGAUUCUGAUCAUUUUAUACCACAGAUAUAAUAAUAAUAUUAUAAUUAUAUAAUCCUGCAAUUACUUUGGAAUCUGAAGAUCAUCGAUCUGACAUUUGAAUUAGAACGUGGAGCCCUGCAUCUUAUUUUAUGAAAUGUUCUGCUUCUGGUAUCCCUCGGAAAACUUGUGAUUAUAUCUCUCUAUAUUUUUUUCCAAGGUAUUGUAUAUAAUCUUGUAUACACAUUUGUAAAGUUUUGUAGUCGCGUAAGUUGGCGUAUAGAAUUAAAGUAUUUGUGUUUUUUUGUGAGCUACUGAUGCUAAACACAGUUCUAUAACUCUGAGAUCAUUAAAGGGAUAUUUCACCAUGUUAAA